AACUGCCAUGAAUAUUGCUUUGUAGGCCUGGGCGAGUGGCGUCGUUCUCUGUGGAGAUACAAGACGGAGAUCUGCAGCAACACCACCCAGGGCUUCUUGUAGUUAUUUCAGAAUUGGCACAAUUGGAGCAGCAGGUCGGCCCAGGCCAUUCUGAGUAGAUGGAGCCUGUGCUUGAGGAACGAGAGAGCCCUGACCCUGAUGCUUGGUCAGGCUCCAGCACCCCUGACGAGCUUGAUGACGUCCAGGAUGAAGACUACUAUGGGGAAACAGAGACUGAAGAGAACGCUCAGAGGCAGAGCCAAACUGACCUCAGCCAAUACCAACAGGGUGAUGUUGACCAAGACCCAAGAGAUUCCAGUCCACCCUCCCGUUCUCCUGAGGGCUCCCUUUCCGACUACAGUGCUGAGGAGCCUGACCCUGACACUGAACACCACACUGACUCAGACCCCGGGUCAGAGAUCCUGGACCAAGCUCCUCUGUCCCCCCAUGGCUCAGACACCGAGCCCAGCCAUAGCAGCCCCUCUCCUGUGCAGCAUGCCUCGUCCCACUCUGACUACCAGGCUGGACCUGACGCUGGCCUCACGCACUCGGACUCCUCCUUGUCAGGUCAGGAGGUGACCCAGUCUGAGCCAAACCUCAGGGGUGGCGCAAGCUCACCUGAGGAAGAGCCAGAAAAAGAGGGAGGAGGAAGAGGAGGAGAAGGAAGCCCAGGGGACGAGGAAGGAGAGGGAGGAGGGCAGUCUCAGGCACCUCCUGCUUGCGUUUCCUUUGGCAUUCCUGUGCAGGGUGCUGAGGUGCUAGAGGACUGGGGCUCAGAGGGAGAGAGAGAUCUCCACAGAGCCAGCAGGAACGGGGCUAGAGACGCACGGCUGAGACGGAGCCAGAGCCAAUCUGAGAAACAGCAAAAGGAAGCCAAGUCUAAAUGUAAACGCAUUGCUCUGCUCCUCACCAAUGCACCAAACCCCAGGAACAAGGGGGUGUUGAUGUUCAAGAAGCACCGUCAAAGGGCUAAGAAGUUUACUCUGGUGAGCUACGGGACGGGACAGGCUGACUUUGACUACGAAGAAGACAGUGGGGAAUACGACGAAGACAACCAGUAUUACGACAAAGACAAGCAAAGCAUCAGGAUCACCCUAUCGACACCAAGCGAUUCGGAACUCGAGGAAGACUACCACUGCUACAUUGAUGCACCGGAGUGCACACCUGACUUAAACUACAGCCACCACUGGAGCACCAGACAAGUCGCCACACCACACACGUUCAGCUGGGGAAAGAUGGAGAAGCUUCCAGAGACAAAGGGAAAGGGAGUGCUAAUGUUUGCACAGCGGCGUCAGAGAAUGGACGAGAUCUCUGCGGAACACGAGGAGAUGAGAAGCAGGGGAAUUCCUGUGGAGGGUGUCACGGACUCAGAACCUGAAACCACCAAACCUUUCACUCCAGAGGACAGCUAUGCCGGUCAGGUCUACAUGGAUGCCAGUACUUACCAACAUCAAGAACAGCUGCAGCAGCAACAGCAGCAACAGUACCAGCAGGAGCAGUACCAGCAGGAGCAAUACCAAAGGCCUGAAUAUCCCUACUCUCCAACCGACAUGAAUGGUCUUGACGCUCUCCAAUUUGGGUCUGGACCAAAGGCACUUGUGGCAAACAGAACCGCCAAACCAUUCUUACGUGGCCAAAACAGAGCACAGCCAACUUUUUCGCCAGUGCGUGCCAUCUCCAGCCCCACUCCAAAGAAGCCAGAAACAAUUUUUAAAGUACCUGUACCAAUUAAUACAGCCCCACAAGUUUGGUCUCCAACUGGAGACAUUAUUGCAUCGAGGGAUGAACGUAUAGCCAUUCCUGCUAUCAAAACUGGAAUCUUGCCAGACACAAAAAGAAGAGGUGCCAACAAAGAUGGUGUGAGCCCUCAGCUUCAGAAGAAAGGUGAUCGAAGGUCUUUUAUUGAGUCUGGCCCUGAGGAAGACUACCUUAGCCUUGGUGCAGAGGCCUGCAACUUCAUGCAAGCUCCACGGGUUAAGCACAAGACGCCCCCACCAGUAGCACCAAAGCCCAGCAUAAAUCCAGCAUGUCCACCUUGGUCUGCUGACCUGUCGCUCCCAGCCUCCCGUAAUCCUCUGCCUGUAUCCUCUCCAGGGCCUGCAGGGACUCUACCCAUGGCACCUCCCCAUGGCUGGGCCCCUAAGCAAGAACUCCAACCAGCAGCCAACACAUGGGGCCAUUCUCCAUCUCCAACUCAAGGAUAUCCCCAAGGUCCUGCCAACCACUGGGCAUCCGCAAGUGCACAUCCUCAGCCUCAGCCCUGGAUGCCUCAGCAGCAGCAGCAAGUGAGUAUGCCAUCUGCUGCACAACCUGCCCUAACCAAGCCCAAGGCCCCAGGGACAAAACCACGUGGGCCCCCCUCUGUAUCCAAGGCGGCCCCGCCACCUGCUUCUUCUAAGGGACAUGUCUCUGAAACGAGCACCUGCCCGGCCUCGGAUGGGCCAAACCUGAAGGGCAAAGGUGCUGAACUGUUUGCUCGGAGGCAGUCCCGCAUGGAGAAGUUUGUGGUGGAUGCUGAUAGUGUGCAGGCCAACGUAGCCAACGCCCCUUCCCCGCCCCCUUCACUCCCAAGCACCUGGAAAUACUCCCCAAAUGUCCGCGCCCCACCGCCCACCUCCUACAACCCCAUUCUGUCCCCUUCCUAUCCCCCCGGCGCAAUAAAGCAGCCCCCUUCCACUAGCCCUAAAGUUAAGUCUAAAGCAAAGACGGACAAACCCAAAGCUGCUGCUAAGCAUCUCAAUGCCCUGGAUGUGAUGAAACAUAAGCCCUACCAGAUUGAUUCCUCCCUUUUUCUGUAUAACACCGCUCCAGAGGUAAAAGUGCCCAGUCCCAAACCUUCCCCUGUCCCCCCAGUCGAGUCGCCCCAGGUCCCCCACCAUGCCCCUCCAGCUAAAGCCAGCGGGCCGGUAAGUAACACCUACCCUUUUGCCCGGCAAAGUGAUGAGGCGGCCCCCCUGGACAAGAAGCUUCCUGCCUCACGCCACAUGCAUGACGAUUCUGCCAGCCAAGCCCUGCCCCAGUUCACCCCUCUCUUUCAUGUGUCUCACGCACCCUCUGGCAGAGCCGGUGGCAGUUCCUACUCGCUUCCCUCUUCUUCCUCUUCUCUAAGCUCUGAAUUAGUCUCAAGGUCUGCUCUGCCAAUGGCCAUUAGGCCUAAGUUUUCAGCUAAGAAGUCAGCUGUGCCCCCUAAACAUUGGAAACCUGUAGCGUUACAACAUUAGAUAGAGGGGAGGUGGGGAGGCACUAGCAACAAAAUCAAGUCCGAUCUAAGUUUCCGUCAUAGUUCCAUAGCCGAACUACAGGGAUGUUUUCAAAUAGAUAAUUUGAUAUAUCAGACAAAAUUUCCACAAGACUGACAGUGUAUAUGGUAACUCUACCACUGAAUCUUUAUUUGUUUUCAUUUUGAUAAAACUGAAAAUAUUGAUGUCAUAAUAAUAGCAAUUGAAAACCUGAUGUCAGGUUUUGAGGAGAGGCCAUCAGAAUGACUUGGAAAUGGUUGUAAACGCUCUGCGCAAAGCGUAUGCUUUGCACUGUUAAUUACACAGGACACUGGUCCUGUUUCAUAGGCAUAAUGUCUCUGUUACUAAGGUAUGAGAGAGUUUUGAGAAAGUUAAAUAAGAACGGCAGACAUGGUAAACAUUUCUGCGGGACACUGAGAUCGUAUAAGACAGCAGCCUGGCUGCGAAAGUGCACAGAUGUGUGUGCUCAAACGUGUAUGUAUGGUUAAAUCAUCUCAAAUAUCAGGGACAUUUUGCAAAGAAUUGUCAGGAAAUGCAUAUGUAAUCAAAAGUGUAUGUCUCUUAGGUCUUUGUAAUGUAUUUCUUGCUGAGGGUCUUUAAUAAGCGUUUCAUUGGUAUUAAUGCCAUGGAAAUGUGGCUAAAGACAUGUGCCCAUGUACAGCAGUGUAGCACUUUUGUUUGUCUUUUUUCUAUGUUUCUUCGUGUUCUCUGAGCAUGUUUAAUGUAGAUUGGUUUAGAGCAGCAAGACAAUGAAGAGCACAUAAAUCAAUGUGUCACAGCUUCUGAACAAAUUAUUAAUAGACUGGUGGCAUGAUGUUUCAAGAUAACUAAUAGGCCUAAUGAUUAUAAUAAAAGGAUGUUACAGCACAAUUACAAUUACAGGGUAGAUUUCAGUGUAAUUAUUGACAGUAGAAUACUAACCAGAAUUAGGUUUUUUAUGGAUUUCAAAACCUUAUUGAUAAUUUUGAAUGUGAAAGCUUCUGCUUUGCUAGUCUCAUUCCAAACUGUCUGGUGAUGUCACAAGCAAGUCUUCACUGGUCUUGACUCUUGACACAGUUAUGCUCACCACUAAGUGAAUGUAGUCUUUCUUUGACACCUCUACACCUCCUGUUGACUUCCAUUAUGUACUGUGAAAGCUUCCCUCAAAAGGUUCAACUUACCAUCACUAAGAAUAAACAGUAAUCUGCUUGAUGAAUAAUUGUAAAGAGAUUAAGUGUAAAACACAUUUUAUUGCCACUGCACAUUGACAGAGAGACUAUAUAACCUUGACAUAUAGCACUUUACAUAAUGGAAGUAUGCUUUUUCUAUGCUGCUCAGGCAUUUAUAUGGUUUUCUGUCUGUAUGAAACUUGAAAAAAAAACUUUUCUGUCCUGUUGUCUUCUUUUAAAUAUUGCACUUCCUGAAUUCUUCCUUUGCAAUUAAACAUCUCCUAGAAACUUUA